CGUGGGUGCAUUGUGGACUUGACUUAAUCCUCCAACGUUACCCCCGACACUCAGAUAACAUUCUUCGACACAUACGUUGUGAUAUUGUGAUAAAAUGUCUCGUCUUUCUACGUACAUGAGACGAACUAGUCAGGUUCUCAGGGACAACACCUCCCGAAUUCUACGAAUGCAGGGCGCGGAAGAACCAUCUCGUGCUCCCAAAUUACUCUUUAAGUUCAACUCGAAACAGGACAUCGACGAUGUCGCUCUAGGCUGUGAUGCAGACAUCGGCGGAAAGUCGACGGCACACUUCGACUUGGACGAGACAUCAGCUAAGGACAAGAAGUCUGUUACAUACCUCGGUCGUCCGACAGGCAAAUUCUGGGGAGAAAUGAGCCUCGGCGUCCGAGAGGAGUUGGAGGGUAAAGUACGAGGAGGUUAUGCUGGUUUCAGGAGUAAGAGACGUCUGACGCUGUUCGGUGAACUGACCGACGACGUUUCGUAUCACCGAUACCUUGCUUUACGUGUUCGCGCUGCUGGACACCCGCGUACCCGCAAUUCGUACUAUGUCAAUAUCCAAACCGACGGCCCUAUCGCCAGUGACCUUUGGCAACAUAGGUUAUUUUUCAACCGAGAGGACGGCGGAUGGGAAGAUAUCUUCAUACCUUUCGACCGUUUUGUGCUCACGAAUUCCGGUGAAAUCGCGUCUCAUCAAAUUGAGAUGUAUCGCGAGCGCAUCAGGACAAUUGGUGUCUCCCUUUUAGGUGGAAACAGUGGUGUAGAGGGUCCAUACGAGUUGGGCAUUGACUGCAUUCGGGCGGUCAAUCAACAGGAUGUGACGGUAGAACCAAAGAAGAUGCUCUCGGAAGGCACUCCGUGGGAGCGAAAGCCUGUAGAAGAGGCUCUGUAGCACCACUAUAUGGCCAAUCACAAUACAUCCCGUUCACUACAGGCCCAGCCGGGCUGCUUACGGGGCUCCAACGGGCCACGAGGGGCACGCUGAAGUGAUCCUGGCGCAUAGAGAUGACCUCGGGUUGAUUCCCAUUCAAUCUUAGCCCAUCGCAACACGCCCAUUUAUAACCGUAAAGGUGUGAAACUGUGCGCGUUCAAAUGUAUAUUUCAAUCCUGGUGGCGAACAGAAGGAUUGGAUUACAAUGAACCGGGGGCUUCUGCAAUACUCAAUACAUGAAUUGUAUACUUCC